AUGAGGAAGGCUAAAAAGAGAGCCGGCGUUAGGCCCAAAAGACGUACAGUUAAGGACGAUUAUGACGAGGAGAUUCCAGAGGACGAAGAUAUAGGCGAUUUGCUCCCUAAAAAGCCCAAACAGAGCCGAGAUGCUAAAAAGGAUAGAGAAGGCGGAGAAUUGUGGAAGUACAUUUACGAAAAUGGCCCAAUUGAAGACGAUGAGGAGAUCGAGUCGGCGGACGAAGCUCCAGAGGCCGAAAAGGAAGCAGAUCUGGACAGAUUUCAAGAGAAGGACGUUGAAGACUUUUGCGAUCGGCUAGAAGAUGAUGGAAAUAUGCUCAGCAGUAUCCUGGACCCAAACCAAGUCGAGGAUAUUGAGCCUUCCUUCCAGUGGAUAACUAAAGCGACGGAACCUGAUGAUAGUUACAGCAAGUUGGUCAAUAAGUUCAAGCAGAUUGAAGAAGACGUCCCGGAACUCUUGAAAUCCGAGUCCCAGACAAAGACGAAUAGGAUAGAACGAACUCUGCAUUACGAAUCCGCCAAAAAAGUCGUUACAAGUAAAUGGGCACCCAUUGUUGCAGAUUUAAACCGCCCUGAUAGAAAGAUUCGCUACGGUGAAGACUUGGAUAACACGGAUCCGAGCUGUAACGUGCUCUCUGCUACAUUUCAACCCGAGACAGAUUUUGAACAUGAACUCUCGGCGGCCGUUGAAGGGGAUAAUAAACAGAUGGAGGAGCAUACAGGUGAAAAUUUGAUAGAAGGAAAGGCUUUGGCUAGAGCUAUAUUGGCCAGGGAGCAAAAGAAGAACAAGAGAAUUAAUCGCAUAAAAAGUAAACGGUGGCACAAGAGACAAAAACAACGUGAUUUACAAGUUGCCGCCAAACUCUUGUCAAAGAUUGACGACCCGGAACUUGCAAGUGAUAUUCGCAACAGUUUUGAAAAGAAACGUGCCGAAAGGAGGGUAUUGAGGAAGAAGGAAGCACAGUCUAAAUGGGCAAAACUUGCCCUUCGAUACGGUGGAAAGGAUCUUAUUAAGGAAAUUUCCACUCAACAUCAGAAUUUGCGAAAUGAAGAAGCCGUAAUAAAAUCUGCCACUGGCCCAGCAGAACCAGAGGAUGAUGAAGACGAAGAAGAUGACGAGGAGGAGGAAGAAGAGGAUCCAUCAUCACCUUACAGCAAGCUUGAGGUAAUUGCAGAUCCAACUGUACCGAUACCAAAGAAGGGGUUGUUCAACCUUCGAUUUAUGCGCGACGCAAUAGAAACUCAGAGAGAGGCAAUGGCAAAUGGUGUAAAAGAGGCUGAGGAAGAAGAGGAAAAUGAUGAAUCUAGCGAAGAUGGAGGCGCUACCUACGACUUUAACGUUGACUUUGAUCAAGAAGGAAAUGAAUACGGAAACAAGAGAAUCCAGAAAUUGAUCAAAAUUGACAAGAAGCCAAAGGAGGAGCUUCCUCAAGUCUCGAAGGAGGAAUUAGAGCAAGCGAUGAAAGAAAUUGAUGAUCAGUUUGGUGACGACGAUUUCGAGUCCGCGGGCGAUGUACAGCUUGUAACAAAUGUAGCAUCCGUGGCAUAUGGUUCCACGAUCAUACCCUCUAGUGAUGAUACUAGAGUGGAGAAUGUAGAGUCUCCCAAGAAGGAGAAAAUUGUAACUAAAAAUGCAGAACAUGUACCUGAAAAGGGGAACUAUACAAGUCUUCCAAAGGACACGGGUAAAAGUCUAGCGAAUUAUCUUGCAGAAGAUACUAGUUUGGAUAAUUUGAUCAGCACACUAGAGGUACCGCAAGAGGGUACCGCAAACGAAAAGCUGGUCAAGGAGCUCUUUGUGACUAGACCCGAUGAGGAUAACUAUCUACAAGACUCCUCAGACGAUGAAAAGGAAGAGACUGGAACAUCUAAAAUGUCCGGUUGGGGAUCAUGGACCGGCUUUGGUAUUGAUAAAAAGAAGAAAGUUGAAGAAGAAAAAAAGGAAAAGAAAAAGAGUCUAGUCAAGGUGACCAAGAAAAAGGACCCCAAAGUUGCCAAGUACUUUAUUCACAAUCUCCCUCACCCAUUCAAUAAUCGCCACGAGUAUAAUAGCAAGAUGGAGAUUCCGCUGGGUCCUGAGUGGAACACAAUGAACAUGCACGAAAAGCUUACUGAGCCAAAGGUAUCGGUCAAAGUUGGCUCUGUUGUCAUGCCACUGGGACUUGGAAAAAAGAGCCAUAAGCAGCUACUUCACGACUAUGGCAAGAGAAUCAUCAAAAAUCGCACUAGAGCUAGACUUUGA